AUGCGUCCAUUGUCUUCGGUUAUUACUUUUAUUGACCUCGCGGGCCACGAACGUUACCUGAAGACUACCGUCUUCGGCCUGACCGGGCACGCUCCAGACUUUGUUAUGCUCAUGGUCGGUGCCAACGCGGGCAUCGUUGGGAUGACAAAGGAGCAUCUGGGUCUGGCCCUGGCUCUUUCCGUGCCGGUCUUUGUGGUCAUCACCAAAGUGGACAUGUGCCCUCCCACUGUCCUCAAUGAGACCGUCAACCUGCUGUUCCGCAUUCUGAAAUCGCCCGGAUGUCGCAAGAUCCCCGUCCUUGUCUCAAACAAAGAUGACGUCAUCUGUUCGGCCAUUAACUUCACCUCCGAACGCAUGUGCCCAGUCUUUCUGGUCUCCAACGUUACGGGCUCCAACCUGGACUUGCUAACCUCCUUCCUCAACCUCCUUUCGCCUCGUUCGCCUUCUCGUCUGGAGGAUCCGGCUGAAUUCCAGAUCGACGAGCUCUUCACUGUGCCCGGCGUGGGUUCUGUCGUCUCAGGCACCUGCCUGGGUGGUAUCAUCCGAGUGAAUGACGUCCUUCUCCUGGGCCCAGAUACCUCGGGGCAGUUCGUACCAGUGCCGAUAAAGAGCAUCCAACGGAAGAGACUAGCCGUGAAUGAGGUCCACGGCGGCCAGGCUGCGUCAUUCGCACUGAAGAGGCCUAAGGGCAGCCAACUGCGUCGCGUAAGUGCUCUCUCUUGUUAUCUUUAUUACUGUCUAAAAAAGUGGGGGAGGGGGGUUCGGUAA